CUCGAAAGGCCUCUUCAAAAGCUUCUUCUGUAGCAACUCGUGCUUCUUCAAUCAAGAGUUCCAAGAGGAAAAGCUCCGUGUCGACCCUUGGACGGACGAUGAACAACACGAUGCGCCUGUCAGAUUGGUUGCGAGACGUGUCUACCAUCAUCGAAGCAGAAGAAGUUGCUCAAGAGAGCUUGCGGAGCACUAGGAUCAGGAGCACCAGGACCACGACGAAAGCAAAAGCGAUUGCUGACGAAGAUGAAGAUGAGUUUGAGUUUUUGAAGGGUGCCGCUUCUUCUCAAGCAGAUGCUAUUCUUCGCGAGUCAGAUCUCGAUCUCGACAAUUUGGACGAAGAAGAUGAGGAGAGACUGCGCAGAAGCACCGUGACUGAAGCUCGUGCUUUUGCCGUUGAGCAUUACGGCGUUCUGGCUCGUCCAUCCAGCACUAGUACAUCAUACGGGUCUAAUAUUCGUAGUACGACUGGAGUCGACGCCGGCGAACCGGUUUCCGAUAGUGGUUUUUACAUCCCUGAAGAUGUAUCUCCUCCUCCAGCAGUGUCCAAAGCUAAAGAUGGACUGUCAAAGAAAGAGAAGAAGAUGAAGCGUGCUGGUUCAAUUUACAAACAGCGACUGAUGGAAGAGCGUACGGAGCGACAGCGCGUGCGUAAGGAACGAGAAAUGCAGAGGAAACUCCAAUUCGCAGAAGAAGACACGCAAGUAGUAGGUAAAAAGAAGUUCAAGUUGCCAGCAAUACUCGAGGAAGAACCAGAUGAGGCUAUGGACCAUGUCGAUGUCGAUGUCGAGCCGAUGGAAGAAGAAGCUGCUGAAGACGAUGUCGAAGAUGUCGAACCUGGUGUAGAGGAGGACUCAUCGUCAUCGACCGAUAAGCAGAUCAAGAAACUCGAACGUGCUGCCGCCAUUUACAAGAAACAGUUGCGAGCAAGUGUCUUAAGGAUGAAACAAGAACGAGGACAUUCGGCUGAAGAAAGAGAGUCUGGACCAGCACUGCGACACACAGAGACUGGACAAAAAGUGGACCUCUUCGAUGCUGGUGAUAUCACUCUCGCACAAAUGCCAGAUGGUUCUGGUGUAGUUGCAAUUCGACCUAGCAAUACGAGAACCAGUACUAGCACUAGUAGACCUUCUUCAACGAGUACCACUGGCGCUUCUACAACUGCUACCCAACGCCAACAGUCGGUCGAUUUGAUUCCUUUGGAAGUAGGCGCUUCAGUGUUUGUCUCACGCACAUACUCCGCCCGUCGAGAACAGUCGCCCGCAAAGUCAUCGAUCGUCGUCCUAGCCAUCGCAGAGGUAGAAAAGGCAAGUUUUUCUACAGCGGGCUUCUACACAGGGGACGAGGAUGAUGAACGUGAAGACUCUACUUCUACAGAAAGAGCAGUAGAGCAGCCAGAAAGAGCAGAGCAGCCAUCGUCUUUGGAGCUACAUCCAAAUCCAGCUUACGGGGAACUAGUGAUCGAAGAUGUACGAUCUUCCAAAGCGUCAUCAUCCUCCUCCCGCCGUUCAGGGACAUCAAGCCGUGGCGGUUCCAAGCUAAUCCGUGAUAGCAAUGGCGAACUCGAAUUCGUCCAGGGUCAGAGGAGUAUCAAAGUUGUUGAGGAACGAGUCAGCUUGACGAAACCAACAGAACGAGAAGAUUCGACGAGGUCCAGCAGUAAAAGAACAACCUUCAGCACAGCGUCAUCUAGGACCUCUUCAAUAAAGAAGUCUUCAAAGAAGUUGCCAGCCUCAACAUCAGCACAAAUCAGCAAGAUGCAAGCCUCUUUGAAGGCGGAGUGGUCAAGGAAAUUAUCGGCGAUUCUGCCGAAACGGCCAACCAUGGGUAUGGAGGAUUUUCUAGCUGGCCUGUCGUCGUCAGAUGAAGAA